CUCAACGCGUUAUAUUUAGUGUGCAUGUAGUUGUUGUUUCUCUUUCAUAUUUUAUGUGAGUGAGUUUACAUUUGUGAUGCCCACAGAGAGAGAAUACACCGAAAAAGAAAACAAAACGAGUGCUGUUGAUUCUGUGAAGCUGAAUAGUAGCUUGGUUAUUACUACGAUUAUUUCUGUUUGAUUCAUGCACAAGUAUUCACCAUACAAAAUAUAAGCAACACACAAACAACAAUAUAAAAAAACAACAACAAUUUUCAAGUACCAUUCACUCGAACGACACAGCGGUGAUUUGGACCUCUUUUAUUCUCUCUCUUUCUCUCUAUUCGCAUGACCCGUGCGUCUAAAUACAGUUGUCGGUGCAAUAAAUAUUUGCUGCUGUUAGAUCAUUUCAGUAUUUCGGAUAUGUCUGGCAUCACAGCGUGACAUUCUGUAUGUGUGUACACUGUACAAUCACUUUGGAAUUUCAAUGGGUGCAAAAUAUAAAAAAAAACAGCGUGUUUAUCUAAGCAUUGAUGUGUGUUCCGAAAGCGAUAUGGUGUCUAUUUGCCAUGAAUAAAUAUGCCAAUUUGCAUUGUUCAAAUCCGACCAAACAAAUGGAUAUUGACGGAGAAAAUGUGAUGUGUACACGAGCCAUUGCACAAAAAUGGAUUCAGUGAAAUUUAUUCAUGAUUCGCAUUAGCAUUGAAAGAGUUUUAUGAACUUCGAAAUAGGAUACGUGAUAGUGUUUCACUGUAAUCAUCCAACGAACGCAGAAAAAGCCGAUUAAAAACGUUGACUUAAAUGAAUAAAUGAGCACACAUACGACGAGAUAAAAGGAGCAACAACAACAACAACAACAUCAAAAAAGCAAACAAAUCUCAUAGAAAAGAGAAAAUUGUGUGGCCAUAUUUUUUUCUCUUCGGCACGGCAAUUACGAAUUAGUGCCGUUAGUGAUUGUAUUCCAAUAACUUGAACGCAUACGCGUACGCACAGGUGUAAGAGGCAACAAAAAAACAUUUAUGAAAUUCCAUUUGUGGACGAAGCGUGAAUUCAUUCACACAGUGGCAAAACUUGCGAUUAGAUCUUGUCAUUGGCUCGCUCAUCGCACUCCACACGAAACACACGGCUCAAUGUGAGUCGACGAGACCGCGUUGUGAUAGUAAAGAAAGUGAAGAGAGUGGACUAUGACGGACCCGAAGUGAAAACUGUAUAACGCGUCAACCGAUAACAAUCGUGUGCAACGAAGACUCUUUUUUUACGAAAAACAAAAUCAUCCAUAGAUAAAUAUAUACGAUAUAUAUAUAUCGCAACAUUUGAAACGAGAUUACGUCUAGACCGGGCGGGAGAGACACAGUCCGUUCAGUUGAAUUUUGACAGUGUUGCCGAUAAAAAUAAACAGCAAAACUUAAAAAUGGAACGAAAAAAAUGCAAAAAGAAACAAUCAACUUCCUGAAUGUAUUUAUGGUUGUGAUUGGUACUGCAUUGAAAUUAAUCGACGUCCGGUGUCUGUGUGUAAAUUGUACAGAAAGAACGAGAAUAUUUAGUGUUUCACUCGAAAAAUGUUUUUUUCGUAUAAAAAUCAAGUGAAAAACAAGUGAAGAAAAAUUCCGUUUGUACAGUGCUUGUGCAAUAUAUCGAAUCGAGAGGAGAGAAAAAAAAAUAUAGUAUAAACAAUUGUGCUCUAUUGCCAUAUUUCAUUCAUCCGCUAGAAACACAUGCGGUGAACAAGCAGUGCUACAAACAGGCUAUAAAUCGUGUUCAAUAUCUUCAUCACUUUGGCAACCCCACAUUUGUGUCGAUAUCGUUUUGCUGUGGGUGAAAAUACUUUGCUCGUUCGUUUGCCCGUUCUAAAUGUAUUGAUAAUUCGAUUCAUUAUUCUCGGUCAUCGAAGUGAAUGACGAAGUGCUCCUGCACUGACAUACCCAUCGCCGUCAACAUCAACGACACCAGCACCAGUGUGACGUAUCUGUGUUUUACAUUUAAUGAAUCCAAUGAAACGAGAAAAUGUGCGUAAGCAAAAUCAAAGUGGGGAAAAUAAAUCGGCAAAAAUUGCAUUAGACAUAAUGCGAAUAAAUUUCGCAGUCUGUGGCACGAACGAAGUUCAAAAGAGUAAAUCAAAAGUCAAAUAACGUGUACAAACUUAUUUCCACAUGAACAUGAAAUAAGCCGACUUCUUUGAACCAAAAGAGAGAAGAAAAAAAAACUCAUUUUUGAUAGGCGUUUUAUUGUAUUCGUUGAAAUUUUGUGAGGACAAAUAUUUGUAAUGUUGCCAAAAGGCGAAUCUCCACCGCAAUAAGAUAUUAAAUGCUUCGGAAUGAUCAAACUGAGAUGCCAAACCCAACGAAUCUUCGACGUGAUAAAUUAAAGUCUUCGUCAACGUCAUAUGCGAGUUUAGUGUUUUUUUUCUUUUUACGAAUGAAAUUCUACACUUUUACAUUAUUUACCAUUUGAAAGACGUUUUGUAUGAAUUUUGAUACGGGAACUUAUGCGAAUAUAUAGUGAACACAGCAUGCUGAACAUUUAAAAUGAAAAUUUAAUUGAAUAAAAACAAGUGGAUAGAUGCGUAUGAAAAAAAAAAAGUUUUUUUUCUAUGUAAUCAAAACAUAAAUUCACAUGUGAGUGACCCAAGAACACAUAACAGAAACUAUUAAACGCGCGCAUACAGCACAGAAAUUAUUCCCCUCGAACAUAUCAACGGGCAACAAUAAAAAUUAAUUAUCCUACAGUAGCUGCUGUUUUGUACCAUUUGUUAAAAACGUGCUGUGGAAUAUCAAACUUGCUCUCGGCACAAUACAUAACGACGACGACAACAGCAACAACAGCGAGAACUACAACAACAACAACGACGACGACAUAGUCCGACAAUAUACUAUCUACAUAUAUAUAUAUAAAAAUAGAGUUUCUGUGUACAAGUCAUAAUAUUUUAGUGUUUAAUAUUGAAAGUGAUCGAAUUGUGUUUGAAAGUUUAUUUAGUAAAAAUCAAAUAUCAAAGAAGAAAAAUGAAUCGUUCUGCGACGGCCACACGAUUUCAAUGCACAAUGAAAUCAAAAAUCACUCAAAUUACUGUACUUUUAUUUGUUAUGCUUAAGUUAUGUUAUAGCGCAGACAUAGUUAUCGAGAUACCUGGUAAUUUAGGACAGGACGAUUCAUCAUAUCGUUUAGACUAUUAUCCACCGUUCGGUAAUCCAUUGCCGAACACCACAAUCGCAUCGAAAGAUGUGGGCGACGAAAUUCGCUUCUCCAACGUUUUGGCCGGCACAAAAUACAACUUUUGGCUAUACUAUACCAAUUCCACGCAUCACAAUCUGCUCGCCUGGACCGUUUCCAUCACCACCGCGCCCGAUCCACCGUCGAAUCUGUCGGUGUCGGUGAAGAGCGGCAAAUCGGCCGUCAUCUCACUCAGCCCUCCAUCCAAAGGCAACUUUUCGUCGUUUCAACUGCGGAUAUUGGGUUUAUCGGAUGGUUUCGUUACGAAUCGUACCAUUCCCAUUGAGGCCAAUGAGCUGCAAUACAAUGUACGUGAUCUAUCGCCUGGAGCCAGCUAUCAAGUGCAAGCAUUCACCGUAUUUGAUAGCCGAGAAUCGUUGGCGUACACUAGUCGCAAUUUUACAACGAUGAAAAGAAUACGUCACAAAGACCUGUUGGACAUUAAAAUACUGAGAGAGCCAAAUACUCCGGGCAAAUUCAUUGUUUGGUUUAGAAAUGAGACGACAUUGCUUGUUUUAUGGCAACCACCGUAUCCAGCUGGAAUUUAUACCCAUUACAAAGUAUCGAUUGAACCACCGGAUGCCAUGGAAAGUGUUUUGUAUGUUGAGAAAGAAGGUGAACCACCGGGCCCAGCGCAAGCUGCAUUCAAAGGCUUGGUGCCAGGACGAGCGUACAAUAUUUCCGUUCAAACAAUGUCUGAAGAUGAAAUAUCAUUUCCAACAACGGCACAAUAUCGAACCGUUCCGCUAAAGCCGCUGAACGUGUCAUUUGACAAAGAUUCAACUACGUCGAACAGUUUUCGCGUCAUUUGGGAGGCGCCAAAGGGUAUGAGCGAAUUUGAUAAGUAUCAAGUAUCGAUAUCUAACUCAAGGCGUCAACAAAAUGUUCCGCGAACGGUCGAAACAAUAACUUGGCUUGAGUUCAAGGAUGGACUGGAACCGGGUCGAACAUAUCAAGUAACUGUAAAAACGGUAUCAGGAAAAGUUACAUCUUGGCCGGCAACUGGUGAUGUCACACUGAAACCGUUGCCAGUGUUCAAUUUGAAAUCGUUCACCAACAAUAAAACGGGAUUGGUAACCAUUUCGUGGGAACCAGACGAAGGAAGCUUCCAAGAGGAAUACAAAAUCAGCUAUCAUGAAGUCGAAACAUUCAACGGUGACUCAAGCACAAUGAAUACAAACCAAACGAGCUAUGUUCUGGAAUCACUUUUGCCGGGUAGAAAUUAUUCGUUGACCGUUCAGGCCAUUUCAAAGCAUAUGGAGUCAAAUGAAUCGACUAUUUACCUGGUUACGCGACCAUCGUCACCUAUUAUUGAAGACCGAAAAUCAAUAAAAGAAGGACUGAACAUCAGCUGGAAGAGUGAUGUCAAUUCACGUCAAGAUAAAUACGAAGUGAUUUACUAUCGAAAUGAGACUGGUGAAGAGAAAACGUUCACAACGACCGAUUCACGACUCAUUAUUCGCAAUUUAUUCUCGGGAGCAGGGUAUGAAAUUAAAGUAUUCGCUGUGUCACAUGGUCUUCGAUCCGAACCACAUUCAUAUUUUGUGGCAGUUUAUCCAAAUCCGCCACGCGAUAUGACGAUAGAGAAAGUGACAAGCAAUUCCGUGCUUGUGCACUGGCUUCCACCGAAGAAGAGUGAAUUUUCAUCGUAUGUCAUUCGAUACCGAACAGAAAGUGAGAAAGAAUGGUUCAAUCUGCCGACGGUAACGACAACCGAAGCCGACGUGACCGACAUGACACCGGGUGAAAAGUAUACGAUUCAAGUAAAUACAGUUAGCUAUGGCGUUGAAAGUCCGAGCCCACAGCAAGUGAACCAAACCGUUCGACCGAAUCCCGUUUCCAACAUUUUCCCAUUGGCCGAUUCGACAAACAUCACGCUCGAAUGGCCACGACCUGAAGGUAGAGUCGAAACAUACGUACUGUCUUGGUGGCCAUCGGAAAAGCCAGAAGAAGUUCAUACAAAGAAUAUGUCAGAGGCGAAUGUUUCUUUAAUUGAUAUCAAUAAAAAGUUUGAGGAUCAACCCAUUGUUCGUGUUUUGAUUGGAGAUUUGACUCCGGGCGUUGAGUACCGAUUCGAUAUCCAUACGAUUUCGUAUAAUCUAAUUAGUGAUGUAACGCAAUUGUCAGCACGAACAUUACCACUGAUUUUGUCUGAAGUGUUGGUGGUCAAUAAUCAUGGCGAGCGCGAUACGGUCACAUUGAGCUACACUCCAACACCACAAUCGUCUUCCAAGUUUGAUUUAUACCGCUUUUCGCUCGGCGAUCCAGAUAUUUCAGAUAAAGAGAAAUUGGCCAAUGAUACGGAUCGCAAAGUAACAUUCACUGGAUUGACUCCGGGUCGUCUGUACAAUAUCACCGUGUGGACGGUGAGCGGUGGUGUACAAAGUCUUCCAAUUCAACGCCAAGACAGAAUGUAUCCAGAGCCAAUCACUCAAUUAAAUGCAACGCGAAUAACACCGGAGCAAAUCACACUAAAUUGGGACAUUCCACAAGGCGAAUACAACUCAUUCGAAAUCCAAUACUUGCGAUCGGACAGUGAACUAACCGUGAAUCUUACGAAUCUAAAUAGCAUCACAAUAUCGCAUCUUAAACCACAUCGACAAUAUACGUUCACGGUUGUAGUACGAUCUGGCACCGAGUCAAGUGUUUUGCGAAGCAGUUUACCCGUAUCGGCUACGUUCAUGACUAAAGAAUCUGUUCCGGGAAGUGUCAAUCACUUCUCACCGAUUGACAUUCAGCCCAGCCAAAUAACGUUCGAAUGGUCACUGCCAGUCACCGAGAGGAAUGGCAUUUUACAACAAUUUUCGAUUACAUACGGUUUAGAGGGAUCAUCACAUACCCAAGUAAAAGACUUCAAACCGACUGAAUUGCAAGGAACCAUUUACAAUUUGCUGCCGGGACGAUCUUAUGCAUUCCAUAUUCAAGCCAAAACAAAUGUGGGCUAUGGUCCAGAGACCAUGUGGAAGGAGAGAAUGCCAAUUUUAUCACCACCAAAGCCACCGCCACAAGUAGUGCCAACCGAAGUUUACCGAUCUUCGUCCAGUAUUCAAAUUCGCUUUCGGAAAAAUUACUUCUCAGAUGCAAAUGGACAGGUGAAUAUGUACACGAUAAUCAUUGCUGAGGAUGAUUCAAAGAAUGCGUCUGGUUUGGAAAUGCCUAGUUGGCGUGACGUACAAGCCUACAGCGUUUGGCCACCCUAUCAAGUCAUCGAACCGUACUAUCCAUUCAAGAACAGCACCAUUGAAGAUUUCACAAUUGGCGUGGAAAAUUGCGAGAAUCGAUUGAGUGGAUAUUGCAAUGGACCAUUGAAAUCUGGCACCACAUACCGUGUCAAAGUUCGGGCAUUCACUGCAGCAGAUAAAUUUACAGACACCUCCUACAGUUUUGCCAUACAAACCGAUCUCUUGUACAUGGAUCAAGACAAUACAUCGUUGAUUGUGUCGGUGGCUGUUCCAUUUGCAUUAUUUGCCGCAUUUUGUGUAAUCGUGACGAUAUUGUACGUGCGACGAAAACGAUACGGUGGCCGUCGAACAACAAAAGAGUCACGUGCCAAUGACAAUAUGUCGUUGCCGGAUAGCGAGGCCGAAACAAGCCGAAAGAUUUACCUCAAAAACUUCUCCGAGCACUACAGAUUGAUGUCAGCCGACUCGGAUUUCCGUUUUAGCGAAGAAUUCGAUGAGCUGAAGCACGUUGGACGCGAUCAACCAUGCUCAUUCGCUGAUUUGCCAUGCAAUCGCCCGAAAAAUCGAUUCACAAAUAUCCUUCCCUACGAUCAUUCACGGUUCAAAUUGCAACCCGUCGAUGAUGACGAAGGCUCAGACUAUAUCAACGCAAAUUAUGUGCCGGGUCACAAUUCACCUAGAGAGUUCAUUGUGACACAAGGACCGUUACAUUCGACGCGUGAUGACUUUUGGCGUAUGUGCUGGGAGAGUAAUUCACGUUCAAUUGUUAUGUUAACCCGUUGCCAUGAGAAAGGCCGCGAGAAGUGUGACCAAUACUGGCCAUUGGAUACAGAUCCAUUGUAUUAUGGUGACAUCAGAGUGCAAAUGCUCAACAAUAGCCACUAUCCAGAUUGGAUUAUCACCGAAUUGCUGGUGAGCCGUGGUAAUGAACAACGAACUAUUCGUCAUUUCCACUUCAUCACUUGGCCCGACUUUGGCGUUGUUCCGCCACAAACAUUGGUACGAUUCGUGCGUGCGUUCCGAGAUCGAAUCAAAGCCGAUCAACGGCCGGUCGUUGUUCAUUGCUCCGCUGGCGUUGGACGAUCCGGCACAUUCAUCGCACUUGAUCGCCUACUGCAGCAAAUCAAAGUGUGUGAAUAUGUGGAUAUUUUCAAUAUCGUCUACACUAUGCGCAAAGAGCGUGUGUGGAUGGUACAAACGGAGUCACAAUAUAUUUGUAUUUAUCAAUGUCUGCUGACGGUUCUCGAAGGAAAAGAGAACACGAGUCCAGUUAGGGAAAUUCACGAUAAUCAAGGAUAUGAAGAUGACGAAGGCAUCGCCGAAUCGGGAAUGUGAUUAAAAGUCAUUAUGUAAAAAAAAAAAAUCAUUCGUAUUAUUACGGAAAACGAACAACAAGGCCAACCUAGUACUAUACACACGUAUUUUUAAAUUUUUCAUUAUUCGUAGUUGAGUUUGUUGUGUUUUUCUUUUAAAAUGAAAAUCCAGUUUAAAUAUAUCCAAUAUGGAUAGCAAUAGCUAAAUUAGCAAGUGAACAAAUCGCCAUUUUAGAUGGUAAUUAACAGACAUUCGAUCGAAAAUCCCUUAUUUAUAAAUUGUAAGAACAAUCUGUUUUGUCAAUACUAAUCGAUAUGUAUGUCGUCGUUCCUCCCACAUGGAUAGUUUGCUGUGAACAGCAAUUUGUAUAAAAAACAAAGAAAAUAGAAGGAUUUUAAAGUCAUCGAACAAAAAUUCUUUGUAAAAAAUAAAUUUUUUUGAUGUGAUCGAUGGUGUAAUUAAGAAUUUAAUAGACAUUUUAAAAUUGUAAACAAAACCGCCGUGCAAUAGCUCGAUGUGUGCGAUUUUAAUCAAAAUUUAUAUAAAUAUUAUAUAUUAUAUACAACUCUAUAUUAUUGGAUCAUCACAUAUAUACGUAUAUAAACUGGAGCUGUCACGCAAAAUUCAAUCGCA